AGAAUUUGGGUACAUCUUUUAACUUUCUAAUUUCAAUUCUUCCCCUUCCUUCCCUAAAUACCCAAAAAAGGACACAGCUUCGCUUUGGUGUACAUUCUCAAUUCAGUAAAAAAUGGGAUACGUGCUAAGGGUGAGAUUUGCAUCGUUUUUCGCCGGUGCGGCGGUGGCGUCCGCCGUUGGUCUCUACGUUCUCCACAAGGAUUACCAAACCGCCCACCACUCCCUCUCUCAACAGAUGAAUGAUGUUUAUGAAUCUCUGAAUGGACGCAUUUCUGCUUUGGAAAGGCUGAAAGAAGCUGAUGCUGCAAAACGCGUGGAAGCUACUGAGUAGAAGUUCCAAGUGGUUCCCAAUGAAUACUUGUCCUGUUGAGACAUCAAAAUAGAUUCCCUAGGUUCUAGUUGCUUCUGACUCCGUUAUGAUGUAUUUGAUCUUCUGCAUAAAGUUUAGCUUUUUCUUUUGUUUUGCCGUAUGAUGGGUCAAAAGGCACGUUUUCUGGAAGCGGUAAUGAGAACUUGAAGUCAAUUUUGAUCCUUGGCGUUUCUGAACCUAUGAAAUGUACUCUUGCCUCUCUUUACAAUAAGAUUCAGCUUGAACAACUAAUUUCUCAGCUAGCUAUUAGUUGGAUAAUCGUAGGCUAAAAUGAUCAUUAUUGGUGA